AUGCUAUUUACAGAAACGGCUGGGCGUGCCAGCAAACCAAUUCAUCCGAGUCACAGCCCAUGUCCAACACAGCUACCCUUUGCACCUCACGAGGGGGUGAAACGCAACCAACUGAGACAGGGGACAUGCCUCAGGCGUCCUGCAAGUAAUCGCUCCAAGGCACGGCUGACUACGUCUGCCAUGACCCGUUAUCUGCAGGCUCCUCGCGUGUAUCGCCACCGUCCUUGGCCUUCGUUGCUGGACGAAAGUGUAUGUCGUGCAGAAGGCCGCAGGAUGAUGUUUCCGUCUUGUCUAGGAUUACCUGGCAGACUCCUUCAAGCCCGCCUCCUGAGAACGCCAAAAAGAAAAAUUUGCCCUCCAUUACUUGGGUACUCCAAUCGCCGUUAG